GUGGCUUUGGUAGGAAAAUGACGCUGUACACGUUGAUAUCUCGCGUAUAAUAAGACGGACGUUUUUUACCGGAUCGGAUUAAAGGUGAACAUUUCGAGUAGAAGAAAGGUGCUGUUUCGAGCAAUUACGAGAUCGAGGAAACGGAAACUGUGCAUCGGUAAAGAUGGCGGGAAAACUAUUUAAAGGGGGAAAUUAAAGAGGAAAGAGAAGAGAGAGUGGAAAGAUGUUGUGCUUGGACAUAAAGCUGGUGUCUCGUUUGCGAGGAGUCUCGUUGACGAGCGGCUCGUCGACGAACGUGUCGGCAGUCUCGUUGUCGGUGAACUCGACCUCGUCGACGACCGUCGGCAUAGAGAAGAAGAAUUUCUCGAGCAAGCGAAGCAAAGGGGGAAGGGAGAGUUCGGUGACGGAAAGCGACAGCGACGAAGAGACGUUGCCUGCUUCUCGGACGAUCCAGAGGAACAGGUCGAGAUCGGUUUGCGUGCCUGCCUUGUCGUCUGCUGCUCGUUGCGCGCAUCUUCACCGACGAUCCAGUCAUCAUGCAUGCAGCACGGAUGCCAUUUCGAGGCGGGGUGUCCUCUCCAGGCGAUAUUACGGCAGCGUGGAAAUGCUGCCACAAAUGGAGCAAGACGGGUCCGACAAUGGAAGAAGAUUUCGAGUGGAGAACGGCGAUUCCCCGGGCGAGAAAGAAGAAAUGUUCGGAUCACCGAGUACGCCGAUAUUGGAAAAUCCAGAGUACCAAACGCGCUGGUACUUCAAAUACUUUCUCGGAAAACUGCAUCAAAAUUACGUUGCUGCGGACCAAGAAAGGAAUCCCUUGUUUCUAUCGGUGGUGACGAGCGAAGUCAGCGAUCAAAGCGUGCCGCAUUACAGAGUUAUUUUAUGGAGAAAAACUGGCGCACAGAAGAUAUCGCUGCCAUACUCUGCGAACAAAACGAUGACGAUCAGGCAGAUCUUGAGCAAUUUCUUUGGUCUUGAGAAACUCGAUAAGGCUCCGCGCGAAGUUUUUUCCCCCGAAAUUCAAAAGGAUCUGCUGUUGCUGGAAGAGCAAGAGGGUUCCGUCAACUUCAAGUUCGGCGUGAUAUACGCGAAGAAAGGGCAAACGACCGACGACGAAAUGCUAUCCAACGAGAAGGGUAGUCCAGAUUUUGACAAGUUCCUGGAAAUUGUGGGCGAGAGGAUAGAACUGAAGAAUUGGGACAAGUAUCGAGGUGGUUUAGACGUAAAAGGCGACAUGACUGGCAACGAGAGUUAUUAUACGGUGUACGCGGGACACGAAGUGAUGUACCAUGUGAGUACGAUGCUUCCCUAUUCGAAGGACAACCCGCAACAAUUGGAGAGAAAACGACACAUCGGUAACGAUAUCGUUAACAUCAUUUACACGGAUGACUCGAACGCCAUAGACACUUUCAACCCAAACUGCAUCAAAAGUCAAUUUACCCACGUGUUUGCCGUGGUAUCGGCCGAAGAAAACGGCAAAGGAUGGCGCGUGGCCAUUUACUGCGACGAAAACGUUCCUCUGUUUGGCCCGAGCCUUCCAUGCCCGCCUGUGUUCGAGGACCCGUACACCCUGCGAGAAUUUCUUCUCGUCAAGUUAAUAAACGGCGAGAAAGCCACGUUCAACACGCCAACGUUCGCUCAAAAAAGGGAAAGGACCCUGGACGCUCUUCUUCGGGAUAUGUAUCAAGAACACUCGCAGGAGAGCAAGAGCAACAGUAUGUUAAACCGACGAGCAUUGUCGGAUGUCGUGGAGGCUCCAGGUCGACGUCGCGAGGAGACCCGUGCCGUGGAGAUGGUGCGCGUCGGACAGGCCCUGAAACUCGAAGCGAUCGUCAGAGGUUUGGCGCCAACUUCCUUGGCCACUGCUGGUCCUUUGAAGCCUAGACCGUGGGAGCCGAGGUGUAUCUAUCCGGAUUUCCCGCACGAAGUCGUAUGCGGGGACGUUUGGCUGGAUAACAAGCUGAUCUUGGCUACCGAGAAUGGAACUUUUCUGAUCGAAGACAGCUUAUCGCACAGACUGAUCUUCGACGAGUCCGUGCAAAUUAAACAGCUAGACGUGGUCGAGCAACACGGAAUAUUGUUGUUUCGAGCCGGUGACAAAGGCAAAGAUAGCAACGUGUACGUUUUUCGUCUAAGAGAAUUCGAGAAUAGCACGACGAGUAGGUCUGCCGAAAUUCCAAACGAUCGUGAAGACGAUCAAGAGUGCGAAGACAAUGGCGACGAGGACGAUGCGGACGACGACGGCGACGAAAGCGAAGAAAACGAUUGCGACAAUUUCACGCGAGCCACUACGAAAUUUAAGCCCUUGAUUCGUCGUACUCGUGUUCGUGUUCGUCCCUUGGCUGUUAGAGGACGAGCGCAUAUAAAGGAAAGAAGACUACCUAGAACUCGGGGCUGCCAUUUAUACACCGUUACUAUGCCUGGUGGCUCUCACUUGCGCAUGUGCGUAGCGGUCGGCCGACGUUUGAUAGUUUUCCAAUGGAAACAUAGCGCCGCGUGGACCGCAUGGUGUUCCGCUACGGACACAGACACCGUGGAAGGAUUUUUGCAUUUGAAGGAGUUGAACGCCAGCGAAUCUCCGACGUUGCUAACGAUAGUAGAAAAUACAGAUUCGAACAACGAAUGGACGCUUUGCUGCGGUGUCCGACAUCAUUUUGAAUUGAUCUCAGCUUCUGGAAGCACGAGAAUUCUUCACAUCGAGGGAACACCGAAACCACACGUGGUGGCUGCUUUGGACCUCUGCGAAGACGAAGAACCCGAAUUGUUACUCUGCUACAACAAUACGUGCCACUUUCAAAAACUCUUAGAAGAGAAUACCGUAGCAACGGAAUUCGAUUUCAACUGGAAUUCCGUUCCUGCGGCAAUAGCCUGUGCCUUCCCCUACGUGAUCGCCUUUACCAACGACACCAUGGAGAUACGAUUGAUAAUCAAUGGAAAUUUGGUGCACACGAUCGCCAUGCCAAACCUGAAUCUAAUCACUUCGAAGCAAGACAUCUUCUUCGCCACAACGGCUCCGGAAUUUCUGCCUGGAAAAUGCGAAAGAAUUCGCCUGGACUCGAAACCCAUGGACAAGGAAGAACCGGUUUCCAGUCCGCCUCCUUUCCCCCAAUCUUCUACGUCUCGAUCCAAUCAGCAAAACAGUCAGGGCGACUGGAAGCCGAUAAGAAUCUACCAAAUACCGUUGCAAACGUUAUCGAGAAGUAGCUUGUCAACGUGCUCGCAACGACGCUGUCCCAGCCCUGCCGAGCCAGAAAUCAUCUCGGCGCCGCCGACCAGCGACAAGAGUUUCCUCAGCGUCGAGCCUCACAGAGCGUUGAGCAGAUCGUGUAGCAGCAGUCCAACGCCAUCGCCGACCAACGUGCUUCCGCCUCGACUCAGAAAAUAGGCUGGAUCGCCAGCGAUCCUCGCACACUCGCUCCUUAUUAAGUUAAUCC